CUGGGGUGAGGGGGUGGGAGGAGCUGUGACCGAUAUGAGAUAGGAAGGAGCAGGAGGGAUGUGGGGAGGAGGUGGGGGGCGAGUGCUUUCGGUGGCGUUUGGGAGUGAGUGAGUAGCGACAGAGAGAUGGAAUGGACCCGAUCAUCGCAGAGGGCCCUGUCCGCGUGAGAGACGCCAAGAAGUGGAAGUCACGAUGGGUGGUGCUGAGCAAGCCCUCUCCUGUGGCAGACUGCCUGAUGCUGCUCGCGUUCAAGAGCCGCUCCGAGUGGCUCAAGGGCGCGCGGCCGAGGAGCUGCGCUCGCCUCCAGGAUGUGUGCGCGGUGAGCACUGGGCUGGCGCUGCACAGCGCCGCUCACGUCCUCGCCGUCAGCUGCCCCUCGCUCUGCCUGCUGCUCGCCUUCGAGCGUCGCGACGUCAUGAGCGCCUGGGACGCCCGGCUGCGCUACAGCCUGGGAGAGGCGCACAGCUUCGCGGUGACGCUGGCGCCCGGCAGCCGCCUGGAGGAGGGCCCCGGCACCCUGCACUGCGUGAACCAGACGUGCGCGCUCACGCGGGGCGCGCCACCCCGCCUGCUGGCGCGAUGGAAGCUGCCGGAGCUGCGGCGCUACGGCGCCGUGCCGGGCGGGUUCGUCUUCGAGGCGGGGUCCCGGUGCGGCGCAGGGGCUGGCGUGUACUUCCUGUCGAGCGCUGAGGGCGAGCAGAUGCACUUUGUGUUCGACUGCGUGGCCCGGGGCCUCUCUCCGUCGCACGCUCCGUUCGGCAUCAAGCCUGCCCUGCCAGACCUGGGAGGAGGAGGUGGGGAGUCGCGUCGCAAUGACAGCGUCAACAAGGAGACGCAGGAGCUGGAGAUGAGGCUCAGCCUCCUGUCCCUGGCCAGUGGGGACGGCAGCCCAGCCUCCAGCCUGCCCUCGUCCUCGCCGCUGAGCUCCCAGCCGAGUCUGAGCGAGGGCCGCUCCACCCCGAGCGGCCUCAGCGACGACGCGUCCCUCCCGCCGGCGGGCAGCGCGCUCAGCAUCUCCACCACCACCGCCACGACGUCGUCGUCAUCGUCGUCGUCGUACGGCGAGCCGCGCCGGGCGAUCGCCGCCGCGGACUGCGACCGCGCCGCCGGAAAUCUCGCCAGGGGGCGGUCGCCGGACGUCGCCGCGCCGCGGCUGUCGCGGGCGCAGCAGCUCAGCUCGCUGGAGAGCGGCAUCGGCAGCGGCAGCCUGGACUCGUCGUCGCGCGGGAGCGUCGCGUCCUCGUCCUCGUCGUCGGCGGCGUCGUCGUCGGCGGCGGCGGGCUCGCGCUGCGUCGCCGGCGCUCCCCGCCGCCCCUGCUCGCGACCCGCCGACGCCGCGGCGACGGUAGCCGCCGUCGGCGUCGCCGCGGCCUCCGCCGACGCCCUCGUCGGCGGAGGCGUCGACGGUGCCGGCGGAGCGGCCGGCGGGCGUUCGCGCGGCGGCGGCGGCGGCGGCUGCGAGAGAGACGGCGCCAACGACGACGAAGCCGGUGAGCGGGCGACGCGGCGCGACCGCGCCUCACCGCGCGACCCGGCCUACAGCUCGCCCCGGCCCCUCGCCGGGCAGGGCUGCGGCUGCCUGCGGUGCUGCGCAAGCACCGUUGCGGCUACCGUGAGCGCCGCCGCCGCCGCCGCCGCCGCCGCGAGCGAUGACAAAUCCUCGACGCGCCAUCACCGCCGGGCGGACGCGGACAGAGCGCGCCCGUUCCUGCGCCGUCAGCUGCUGGCGGCGUCGUCGUCGCUGGACGUCCCCCCGCGGGAAGCCGCGGAUUCGGGGUCGCCGCGAGUGGCCGCGAUGCUCCAGACGCGCUCGCUGAGCCACGACGUGCCGCAGUCCAAGAUGAGCGCCGAGGAGUUCGACUGGCUCUCGCUGCUGGCCAAUCAGGAGGUGCGGCGGGGCCUGGGGCCGCACGGCAUCGUGGGAGGCGGGCGCGCCGCCACCCUGCCGUCGGACGGCGGUGCCGGCGCCGGGGACCGAUCGGGGGCGCGCGCCGCGCCCGGGCCCUACUUGACCUUCGAGCAGUGGCGCAGAGCGACGCUGGAACCGCAGAGGAGGCCGCAGCAUGACGACGAGACGAGUGUACCCAGUCCCCUGCGCAUCGUGGAGAGAUCCCUGGACCCUGGAGACCUGGAGGAAACAAACGCGGGGCUGAGAGACGCAGGUGCACAAGGCAUGGAUCGAGCAGCAACGCUGACUCCAGUCACCCGUCUGUAACUGAGCGGAGCGGGGGCGUCAACACAGGGUGGGGCCGGAGCCAGCGGCACAGCGGGAGAUCGGAGAACACAGGAGGACGGGGGUGGGGGGCAGGACGGGGGGCAGGAGGACGAGGAGGGGACAUUGCGGUGGGAGGAAAGAACUUCACGGCGGCUGCGUUGGGUACACACAAUUCUGCGGGGGGGGGGAGGCUGCUGAGGUACUCGGGACCAGUGGCGGCUUCUCGUUCAGGGCCGGUUGGAGCUGGUUAGGGCCGGUGAGGGCUGGUUGGGACCGGUUGGGACCGGUUGGGGCCGGUUAGGGCCGGAUGGGGCAGGUUGGGGCCUGGUGAGGGCCGGUGAGGGCCGGUGGGGCCGAUUGGGGCCGGAUGGGGCCGGUUGGGGCCGGUUGGGGCUGGAUGGGGCCGGUUGGGACCGGUUGGGACCGGUUGGGGCCGGAUGGGGCCGGUUGGGGCCCGGUGAGGGCCGGUGGGACCGGUUGGCGCCAGUUGGGUUGGUGGGGCCGGUUGGGACCGGUUGGAACCGGUUGGGACCGGUAGAGCAGCUCAUCAUCGCCCCCCCCACCUCUCAUUCCCCCACUCGCUUCCCCAACCUUGCAUGACCCAACCAGUCCAAUCGCCCACUGGCACCCACCGCUGUGGGACAUCGGCUGCCUUGAACAUGCGCACGAGGAGGGCUCCUUGCCUAGAAUGGGCCGCGAAAUUGCGUGCUGCCGCAGGUCACGCCAGCAGCUACUUUGGUCUCGCGAUUCCGCCCGGCCCUCCGACGCCUCUCUUUCCGCUGUCUGUGCAAUUGCCACAGGAGACAAAGCGGUUGGGUUUUUUUUCCACUGCACAAGCCGAACUGUGCCACUGACUUCACAAGCCCCCCCACCCCCCACACCUCUUCCUGCCCACCGUGUGGCCCUGCUCGGCACAAAGCGAAAUUCAGGUGUCCCGUAAGGCCGGUGUAGCACGGUUUGGUACUGGCUAGGCAUGGCAAAUAGCCGGUGGAAAAUCACCGUGCGCCAUGCGAGCAUCCGUGCCAUGAGGCCCCCCCCACCAUCCUCCAUGGCUCGGCUCGGAUGUGCCAGUGGAAAAAGAAUGUGGGGUAUAAUUCCCUCCAAGCACCAGCCUCAUCUCUCGCCCGCCUGUCGCCUCUCCGCGACCAACAAACAACCAACAACAAACUCUACCUCCCGAGAAACAUCACGACACAAUCCUCCCGCAGUCCUCCCGCCGACGUCGUCAAACUUUCCAUUCCCGCCCUCUCUCCACCGUCGGCAUCCACCCCUGGCUUCUGGGCCCUGCGUUUUGCUUUUUUUUAUACUGCGGGUCACGGCCUUGACGUUGCCUGGGCCCCCGUGGGGGAGAUGCCAAUGGGA